AAAAAGGUUGGACUGACGGACGGAGAAAAACCAUUUUGUUCAGGGCGUGUCGUGUCACUCUUAUAAUCCGCACAGUUGACAGCAAGAAAAUCUCUACUGUGGGGGACAGAUCUCAACCAAGAUCGAAGUGUGGAAUGUUGGUUACGCGGUUGAGUUCCUUCCUCAGAAGCUUUUCAAAACCUCAGAUUUCCAGGUCCAUAAAAAAUGUAGAAGAGGAGGAGAGCAAACCUUACGUUCGUAAGGCAGUUUCAUUUGUUUUGAUUACCAUUACUGGUGGAGUUGCUCUUAGUGCGCUGGAUGACCUUGCUAUCUAUCGAGGCUGUAGUAGCAAGGCUAUGGAGAAAGCGAGCAAGAACCAGGCGAUGAUAGAGGCUCUUGGGGAACCAAUCGUUAAAGGUCCAUGGUACAAUGCAUCUCUUGCAGUAGCUCAUAAGAGGCAUUCUGUGUCUUGCUCAUUUCCUGUUUCGGGGCCACAAGGCACUGGGUUGUUACAGCUGAAGGCAGUUCGUAAUGGAGAUGAUACCUGGUCUUCCUUUUUCCUUCCUCGUGAUUGGGAGAUUUUAAUCAUGGACGCUCUUCUGCAUGUACCUGGAAAUGAUGAAAAGCGCCAAACGUUGCGGAUUGAUCUCUCUGAAAGGCUGCCUACUCCAUGCACUGCAUGCACCGAGCGCACACCAUGUAUCGCACAGAACGCAGAAACAAAUAUGACCACUGAACAAUAAUAAUAUUACUAAUUCCGGGAAUAUACGAUUUUUGGAAACCAGGGGAUAUCAAUAUUUGUUUUUGCUUCCCUGAAGGAAUAAAUUUCGAAAUUUUCUUCUUGGUGCGAAAUAUUUUGAUAUAAUUAGCUAUGUUAUUUUAUUA